CCGGCCCCGCGGCGGACCGGCCGCCGGCGCCGGGAAGCCCCGCUGCGGGGGCGCCCUGCCGCCCGGCCGUUGGCGGGGCGGGGGGCGUCUGCGCCCGGCGCCGUCCGGGUGCCCGGCCUCGUAGUCCCCGCGCUGUUUCCCGGCCCCGCCGAGGUCGGGGCCCGGGGCCGCUCCGUCCGCCGCUCCCGAGGGACCCCCGGGAAAUGACCGGCCGGCGGCAAUUCACCGGGGCGGCCGCGUCCCCGGGGCCGCUCGGACCCGGCGGGCUGCCGUUGGGCGCGGGCGCGGGCGCGCGGCGGGGGCACCGGGGCCUGCGGGGCGCCCGGCGGGGAAGCCCGCGCGCCCCGCCCCUCGCGCGCGCUCCGUGUGUGUCAGUUUUUGGAAACGUCGCGGCCGGGGGCGGGCGCGGGGGCGGGCGCGGGCGCGGCGACCGCCCGCGAGCGGGGCUUGGCUGCCGGCCCCGGCGUCUCCGCGGUCGGGGGCUUUCGCGGUUUCCAGCCCGCCGCGCGCCCCGGAGCGUUCUAUUUUUGCUCGUCCUGCGGCCGGAGGCGAGGUCGAGCCCGGGCCCGGGCCUUUCCGGCUGGCGAAGCGUGUGUGUCCGGCCGCCGGGGCGGUGGGCAGGGCGGGAAGACCGACGUCCAAGGUGACGAAAGUGGGGAGCACCUUCAAAACUCCAACCGUUCCGCCGGCCUCCGCCUCUCUCCGCCCUUGUGACAGCGCCCCGCAUGCACCAGUUGGCUGGCCAGCGCAUGCUUUAAAAUUGAGUUAUUUUUUUAUCCGUAGCUCGCACGCGGUGCAGCUCCAGGGGUUUUGACAGGUCCAUCCCAAUCAGGCCGCUGUCCGCCCUCCGCGUGCCCUCCCACCAGCUCAGCUCUUUCCGCUCGGCUCCGAAGUCUUGUCUUUUCCGGGAAGCCACACGAAUGGAGCCAACAGCAGGCAGCUUUCUGGCCCGGGAGGGCAUCUCUGAGACUCAUCCACGUUGCUGCGGGUGUCCGCAGCCCGUCCUUUCCAUUGCUCUGUCCCGUUCCGUCUUUUCAUCUCCCUGUUUCACUGCCCGGUGGUGGCCUUGUGGGAUGUUUCCAGUUAGAAACAAAGCUGCUGUGAGCGUGUGGGGGCAAUUUCUGCGCGAACUUGGCUUCUCACCUUGGGAAGCAUGCAGGGGGAGGACGGUGGGGCCUGUGCGGCUCUGUGUGACGCUUUUGCAUCUCCCGGGUUGGCACUGUUGGGCAUUGGAAGACCGAGGGAAUGCACUGUGACCCACUGUCCAGCCCUGGACACCAAGGCGAAAGUUCACCCAGAGACAGCCACCGGGUGCCCCUCACCGCCAUCUUUUAUUUGGAGCAGAGCAAGGCCCACAGGGAUUUGCACCUGGUGUAAACUAGGCCUUCCGUGCUGGGCCUGGCUUCCUAGCGGCCGCUGGUUCUGAACUGCGGAGCGUCUUUCCCUCACUGGCCGGGACCUCGCUUGGCCGGGGGAUGGGAUAGUGCUGCCCGCCUGGCCAGGCGCUCUGCCUGACGUCAGCAGGCCCUUUCCUGGUGUGCUUGUCCCACUGCCAGGCCCGUGGGCAGGCGGGCCCCGUGAAAUCCUCUGCUAGUGCGGUGACAGCCGACGCUCCUGCUGCAGCUUUGUGGCGAUGUCUGUUAACUUCCCGUAUCCCUGCUGACGAAGUUUGCUUUCUCAUGUGAAGCGAGGGCCAGUGCUUUCAGAAGGGUUCAUAUUUUGUGAUGAUUCGAUGAUGACUAUGUUAAGAAAACGGACGACUUCAUAAGUUAACUUUUCAGGAGGUCAGACUGUCAGGUCAGACUGUUGAUUACGUGUGCGAGAUGACUGGGCCCGUUUGUUCAUGGAUCCAUUCAUUCUGCCAGCACCUACUGGUUGCUUCCGGUGCUCCUGGGGCCGCAGAGGACAGUGGACAGUAUUCGCACGCUCAGGAAACGUGACAAACACCACGAUGCUGCUCAUGAAAUCAUCGAGACCAUCCGAUGGGUCUGUGAAGAGAUCCCAGACCUCAAGCUUGCUAUGGAGAAUUACGUUCUGAUCGACUACGACACCAAAAGCUUCGAAAGCAUGCAGAGGCUCUGUGACAAGUACAACCGCGCCAUCGACAGCAUCCACCAGCUGUGGAAGGGGACCACGCAGCCCAUGAAACUGAACACUCGGCCGUCCAACGGGCUCCUGCGGCACAUCCUGCAGCAGGUCUACAACCACUCGGUGACAGACCCCGAGAAGCUCAACAACUACGAGCCCUUCUCCCCCGAGGUGUACGGGGAGACCUCCUUUGACUUGGUCGCACAGAUGAUCGACGAGAUCAAGAUGACCGAGGAUGACCUGUUUGUGGACCUGGGCAGUGGAGUGGGCCAGGUCGUGCUGCAGGUCGCCGCGGCCACCAACUGCAAACAUCACUAUGGCGUAGAGAAAGCUGACAUCCCAGCCAAGUACGCGGAGACCAUGGACCGAGAGUUCAGGAAGUGGAUGAAAUGGUAUGGAAAAAAGCAUGCAGAAUACACACUGGAAAGAGGCGACUUCCUCUCGGAAGAGUGGAGAGAGCGGAUUGCCAACACAAGUGUUAUAUUUGUGAAUAAUUUUGCCUUUGGUCCUGAGGUGGAUCACCAGCUGAAGGAGCGGUUUGCGAACAUGAAGGAAGGUGGCAGAAUUGUGUCCUCGAAGCCCUUUGCGCCUCUGAACUUCAGAAUAAACAGCAGAAACUUGAGUGACAUCGGGACCAUCAUGCGCGUGGUGGAGCUCUCGCCCCUGAAAGGCUCGGUGUCCUGGACGGGGAAGCCAGUCUCCUACUACCUGCACACCAUCGACCGCACCAUACUUGAAAACUAUUUUUCUAGUCUGAAAAAUCCAAAACUCAGGGAGGAGCAGGAAGCGGCCCGGCGCCGGCAGCAGCGAGACAACAAGAGCACCACGGCCACUCCCACCAAGCUGCCCGAGAGCAAGGCCGCCGUGCCCGCGGACACCCCGAUGGAUUCCGGGGCCGAGGAAGAAAAAGCUGGGGCGACCACCAUCAAAAAGCCGUCACCCUCCAAAGCCCGGAAGAAAAAGCUGAACAAGAAGGGGCGGAAGAUGGCCGGCCGGAAGCGCGGGCGUCCCAAGAAGAUGAGCACCGCGAACCCGGAGCGUAAGCCCAAGAAGAGCCAAACUGCACUGGACCUCCUGCAUGCCCAGGCCGCGUCGCAGAUGGCAGCGCCCUCGCCGCAGGAUGCGUACAAGCCACCUCACAGCCCGUUUUAUCAGCUACCUCCCAGUGCGCAGCGGCAGCCCCCCGACCAGCUGCUGCUGGCACCCACCCCGCCCGCACUGCAGAAGCUGCUAGAAUCCUUCAAGAUUCAGUACUUGCAGUUCUUGGCGUACACCAAGACCGCCCAGUACAAGGCCAGCCUGCAGCAGCUGCUGGACCAGGAGAAGGAGAAGAACACCCGGUUGCUAGGUGCUGCACAGCAGCUGUUCGGCCACUGCCAGGCCCAGAAAGAGGAGAUCAAGAGGCUCUUCCAGCAGAAACUGGAUGAGCUGGGCGUGAAGGCGCUGACCUACAACGACCUGAUCCAGGCGCAGAAGGAGAUUUCGGCUCACAACCAGCAGCUGAGGGAACAGACGGAGCAGCUGCAGAAGGACAACAGGGAGCUGAGAAGCCAGAGCCUGCAGCUGCUCAAGGCUCGGUGUGAGGAGCUGAAGCUGGACUGGUCCACGCUGUCGCUGGAGAACUUGCUGAAGGAGAAGCAGGCCCUGAGGACCCAGAUCUCCGAGAAGCAGAGGCACUGCCUGGAGCUGCAGAUCAGCAUCGUGGAACUGGAGAAGAGCCAGCGGCAGCAGGAGCUCCUGCAGCUCAAGUCUUGCGUGCCACCGGAUGAUGCCCUGUCGGCGCACCUGCGCGGGAAAGGCGCCCUGGGCCGGGAGCUGGAGGCCGACCCCAGCCGGCUGCAUCUUGACCUGGACUGCCCCAAGUUCUCCCUGCCCCACUUGAGCAGCGCAAGCCCAGAGCUCUCCAUGAAUGGCCACGCGGCCAGCUACGAGGUGUGCGGCGCGCUGAGCCGGCCCUCGUCCAAGCAGAACACUCCCCAGUACCUGGCCUCCCCGCUGGACCAGGAAGUCAUACCCUGCACCCCCAGCCACAGCAGCCGGCCGAGGCUCGAGAAGAUGUCGGGCCUGGCCUUGCCCGACUACACCCGGCUCUCCCCGGCCAAGCUGGUGCUGAGGCGGCACCUGAGCCAGGACCACGUGGCCAGUGGCAAAACGGCGGCCAGCGAGCUGCACCCGCGAGCUGAGCACGCCAAGGAGAACGGCCUUCCGUACCAGAGCCCUGGCAUUGCGAACGGCAUCAAGCUGAGCCCUCAGGACCCUCGACCCUCAUCCCCCAUGGCCUUCCAGAUGACAGGGGAGAGGGGCGGCGAGAAGGGAGUGAAGGAGCGCAGCUAUGCCAGCAGUGGGGAGGCCAUCACCAGCCUGCCCGUCAGCAUCCCGCUCAGCACCGUGCAGCCGAGCAAGCUGCCCGUCAGCAUCCCUCUGGCCAGCGUGGUGCUGCCCAGCCGCGCCGAGAAAGUGAGGAGCACCCCCAGUCCUGUGCCGCAGACCCGAGAGUCCUCGUCCACACUUGAAAAGCAGAUGGGCGCUAAUGCCCACGGCGCUGCAAGCAAAGGCCUCACCCCUGCUCCUGCAGGCUUCUACGCGGGCUCAGUGGCUGUCAGCGGGGCCCUGGCAGGCAGCCCGGCCCCCCUCGCUCCCGGAGCCGAGCCCGGCGCCUUCGAUGAGGUCUCGGGCUCGGGAAGCCUGUUCGCCGGCAUGGGGCCCUGCUCCACCCCGCAGCACCCGCCCCUGCUGCCGCAGUCCCGCGGCUCUGGUGCAGCCUCGCCUGCCCAUCCGCUCUGCGCCAGCCCCCGGCUCAGCAGUGCCGCCCAGGGCCCGCUCCCCGAGGCCAGCAAAGGGGACCUUCCCUCCGAGGCCGGCUUCUCAGAUCCCGAGGGCGAAGCCAAGAGGAGGGUCGUCUUCACCAUCUCGGCUGGCGGCAUUGCCAAGCAGUCGCCUCCCGGCAAACCCAGCCCUCUGCCCACGGGCGCCCGCGGGGACAGUGGCCAGGGCCACGGGCCGGACGGCCGCAAGCGGGGCAGGAGGAAGCGGGCGGCGGCUGGGACCCCCGGCUUGAGCUCCGGCGUGUCGCCCAAGCGUCGGGCCCUGCCGUCCGUUGCCGGCCUUUUCACGCAGUCUUCAGGGUCCCCGCUGAACCUCAGCUCCAUGGUCAGCAACAUUAAUCAGCCUUUGGAAAUCACGGCCAUCUCGUCCCCCGAGAGCCUGAAGAGCUCCCCUGUCCCUUACCAGGACAACGACCAGCCGCCCAUCCUCAAGAAGGAGAAGCCGUUGAGCCAGACCAACGGGGCCCACUACUCCCCACUGACCUCAGACGAGGAGCAGGGCUCCGAGGACGAGCCAGGCAGCGCCAGAAUCGAGAGAAAAAUUGCAACAAUCUCCUUAGAAAGCAAAUCUCCUCCAAAAACCUUGGAAAGCGGUGGUGGCCUGGCCGGGAGGAAGCCGACCCCUGCCAGCGAGCCCACCAACAGCAGCAAGUGGAAAUCCACCUUCUCACCCAUUUCCGACCUCGGCCUGGCCAAGUGCGCCGACAGCCCGCUGCAGGCCGGCUCCGCCCUGAGCCAGAACUCCCUGUUCGCUUUCCGGCCCCCCCUAGAGGAGCCCGGCUUGGCUGAAGCCAAGCUGGCUGCCCACCCCAGGAAAAGCUUUUCCAGUGCCCUGUCGGGGGCUGGUGGGCUGAGCCCCAGCAGCAACCCUCCCAAUGGCUUCACCUUCAGCGGGGGCCUGGCCGCCGACCUCAGUUUACACAGCUUCAGCGAUGGUGCUUCUCUCUCCCACAAGGUCCCCGAGGCGGCCAGCCUGGGCACCCCCCUGAGCUUCCCUGCCCCGCGGGGCAAGGAGGGCAGUGCCGCAGAGUCCGGCGCCUUUGUGAACAAGAGGCAGCUGGAAGGACUGGCUGGCCCCAAGGGCAGGGAGGCCGGCGAGCUGGGCCUGCCGGCGUGCGGGCCCCCGGACAAGCCCUUGCUGGUGCACAGCAAGCCGGGCAAGGGCCGGGACCGCGAGCCCGACUUGAAGAACGGCCACAACCUCUUCAUUUCUGCCGCCACUGUGCCUCCCGGGGGCCUCCUCAGCGGCCCGGGCCUCGCCACGGCGGCGUCCUCGGCAGUCAGCGCGGCCCCCUCCGCCCAGACACACCGCCCCUUCCUGGGCACCUUUGCCCCCGGCCCACAGUUCGCCCUGGGUCCCAUGUCCCUGCAGGCCAACCUGGGCUCGUCCGUGCUCCAGUCCUUGUUCAGCUCCGUGCCGGCCGCCGCCGGCCUGGUGCACGUCUCGUCCGCUGCAACCAGACUGACCAACUCGCACGCCAUGGGCAGCUUUUCCUCCGGGGUGGCAGGCGGCGCAGUUGGAGGUGUCUUUAACCACGCGGUGCCUUCCGCCUCCGCCCAUCCGUUUGGAGCCAGUUUCGGCCGCGGGGCUGCGUGUCGCAGCGCCACGCUGAGCCUAAGCCCGCUGCAGGCGGUGGCCGGCGCCCCCGCGUCUUCCUUUCAGGCCCCGCCCCCGCCCCCACCGGGGCAGCCCGCCCUCCCCGCACCCCCUCCCCCUAACGCCGCCUUGCCUCCUGCCCCCGCGCUGCUCCCAGCUAACUCUGAGCCCAUGCUUCUGCAGAACCUCGCGUCCCUCCCGGCUAACCAGGCUUUCUUGCCCACCUCCUCUGCCGCCUCUCUGCAGCCUGCUAACGCCUCUCUGUCCAUCAAGCUCGCCUCCCUCCCGCACAAGGCCCCCCGCCCCUCCUUCACGGUGCACCACCAGCCCCUGCCCGGGCUGGCCCUGGCCCAGGCCGCGCCCGUGAUCCCGCAGGCCAGCUCCACGGGGCCGUCUGCCGUGUGGGUUUCCCUUGGCAUGCCGCCUCCGUAUGCCGCGCGCCUUGCGGGGGUUAAGCCGAGAUAAAGACCUUGCUUAGCUAGCAGUUCGUAUUCUGUAAGGUAAUUAGGAUUUCUACCUCAACCGUGAGACCUAUGCAAGGACGGGCUGGGCCGGCGGCCGGCCACGGGACGGCAAGGACGGACUGAGGACGGGGGACGAGGCUCUACUGUGAAUCCGUGCUGUGCAGACCUGCAGGAGGCGCUGGGGCCUGGCUCCGGCUCGUACUGUCGAUAGUUUUAGAUAAAGUAUUUAUCGUUUUUUAAAAAGUAUAAACAAUCCUGACUUAUUUUACUCCACCGAAGUCGUAAAGGCAACCUAUCGAGAAGUGUAAAUACUAUAUAUGAGAGGAUCUAUAUACAGACGUCCACCCGAAGGACUGGCCUGCCCGCGGACGCGCUGACCGCGGUCCCGGUGCUAUCUCGACGCAGGCCUCGCCGCCACCUCGUCCUCUUGGUGCUGACUGGAGGUUGACCAACGCCAAAACCAGGCCGUGAGGCGCCUGCCCUAUUUAUUCUCGCCGCUCUUCCUAUACCAAAGGCAUGGCUGUCUCCAGGUGGAGGGUGGCUCGCGCUGUCGUGACAUUCCUCGGAAGAGGCCCUCUCCCCAAGGGGGCGCCCGCCCCCGCCCCAUCACUGUGAACGGCUCCUACCGGACUGUUGGCCCUUUGGCCUGGGAUCAGCGCCUUUGGCAUAGGAACGGUCGGCGGGCGUAGGGCGGUCAGACCCUCCCCGAUCCUGCGCGGACCCGUUCCGAGUGGUGCUUGGGGAAGGUCUGGUACCCGAUUCCCGACGGCGUGGCGGGCUGGUGCAAGUGCAUUUACUGUCGUACGUCCCUGCUCGUCCGGGGCUCCCGCUGCGGUCCACCAAAGCGCGCAGUAAGCUCGCGGCACGUGGGCCGGUGACGUGGGGCAGGUUAGUCACGGGUGCUUGGUGUGUCUGUACAGAGGAGAGUCACGCUGAGGAGUGACAGUAUUUUAUAGAGAUGCGAUGAAAAUUUAUAAAUUUCAUAGACUUGACUUCAUUUAUUUUUAGAUUGUAUAAUGCAUAGUAAACUAAAGAAGAAAAGUGAGGGGAGAACCUUUCUAUUUAUUCAAGUGCACACAGUGGCGUGGGCCCAGGGCCGGCCCUCGGCCCCGGACCGCGUGACCGCGGCUCCCGGGGUGGAGUGGACAGGCCCUGCGCCCUGCCCAAGCCCCUCUGGCCAGUCCGUGCGGUCGCUGAGGCCGUGCCGCCCCCACCCUGGAGCAGCUCUGAUGGUGCUUGGCAGUGAACGCACGGGGGGGGGAGGGGGGGCGGGGGCAGGGCAAAGCUGGGGGAGCUGUUCGGAGGCGUCUAGAGGUUGCCAGUAGGGCUCUCCAGCUCCUCCAGGGUAGCAGUCGGCCAGUGUUGUGUAUGUAUGUGGUUUUCAGAGGGUGCGUCCAGAAGCCCCCAGCCCCCCCCGAAAGGGCCAACAUCAGCCCAGGUCCUGGCAGAGGGAUCUGGACCCCGAGAUGGGUGCUCUAGGAAGGGCUGAGUCGGUGAGGUCAGAGCCCUGUCCUCAGGUGCUUGCAUCCCCCAAGGAACACAGGGAACUUGCCUCUUUCCAAAGGUGGGCUGUGUUUAGCCCGUUGCUCAAGUAGAGGCCCUGAGCUCCUGCCUGCCCGGGAGGCUCGGCCUGGCCCCCGCUCUUCUGGUGGGCAGGCAGAGGCCUGAGGCAUGCAGGCCAAAGACAGCCACCGCAGGACCCUUUUCUGCCUGCAGCCGCCGCCUGGAGGCAGACCAAUCUGUGCAGGCUGGGUCUGGCCGUUGGCUGUUCUGGAAGUUGGCUGGACCCCUGGUUUCCACAGGCAGGGGCCUGCCAGAGCCCUGCUUUCCUGCUUGCCCUGGGGGCGACGCCCCUGGCCCAGAGCAAUAGUUGAGGCAGAAGAUGGUGCUCGCGAUGGGUUCUUGAAAUUGGCCCAUCCUUCUGUAACUGGCUGCCCUGGCUCCCUCCCUCUGGGUUGGCGCCCCCGGUGCAUGAAGGUGCUGUGCCUCACCCCCAUGAACCCCAAGCCCUGGCCCCCAGGACAGGGCAGUGUUUGCUUGGCCACACACACACACACGCCCACCCGUGUCAGGGGCACAGGGCUCCCUAAAAAGCUACAGGGUGGGUGGACAGCGGAGAGGUCACGCCUGAGUCCCCAGCGUAGAACAGAGCGACCCUGUUCGCACAUACUGCAUCACUUCAGGGGGCCCGCACGGUCACUGACGUGGGGCUCCCCGCGGACGUGCCACACUGAGUCUCCGGCACGAGCGGGGGCGUGUUUGGGAUCACCCCGCGGUGGCUGGGCUGACCCUAGCAGGAGGGGAGGCAGCAGGCCCGUGCACAGAGCCCCGGGGCUACCGCCGACCGCGGGCAACUUCAGGGAAGUCUGGUGGGCCGCAGGGGGCUCUGCUCAGGAAAACCUAACCGUGAACACGGCCCUCCCGGGCAGCUCGCCGUCUCUUGCAGCUACGGACUGUGAUUUACCUAAGGCUCACGUGCCCCUCUUUACCCGCCCCGCCCGCCCUCACUCCCACGGUCCAGCCACACUGGUUUGUUUCCCACGUCUCUCGACCUUGGUUUGUAACUCAGACGGGGCUUUGCUUUGUGUUUCUGGUAGACUGUGUUUCAGUUGGGGGUGCUGGCAUGGCCUGUCCCUCCCUGGGCUGCUGGCUUGACCCUCUUUUCCUAAGAGAACCCCAGUGCACUCUGCAUUUCCACCUCUAGGCGCUGUAAUAAAAUACUUUUCACUUGAACCUCA